GUUAAAAAUCGGAUGAAGACGCUUCCAUUCCAUCUUUUUAAAUUCCAAACUGCUCUUUCUCCGCCAUUUUCGGUUGUUGGUGUCGCAGUGGUGAACCGUUAUUGACUCGUUAAAAUCAACAACGAUAGUCUACUAUUACAUUAUUUAAUUUGACAAGACUCCAAACUGCAAAAAGAAGAUGUCCACCGAGCAGGCCGAGAUCAUUACGGUGACCGAGAAAGCAGUCCAGCUGCCGCCGCCGGAGCAGCAGCAGCCGCCGCCGGGCGAAGUGAAUGGAAAAAUCAAGCUUGAGCUCAAUUCAGGCAGGAAGGAGAGACCCCAGAAGAGAGGUGGAGGUGGUCGCUUCGAACCCUAUGGAAACGUGAACAAGCGAUACAGGGUUUUCGUCAGCAACAUCCCAUACGACGUCAAAUGGCAGGCCCUCAAAGACUUGAUGAAAGAGAAAGUGGGUGAGGUAACGUACGUGGAACACUUAAUGGACACAGAAGGCAAAUCGAGGGGUUGCGCUGUUGUUGAGUUCAGGACCGAAGAGCUGAUGAAGAAAGCCGUGGACAAAGUCAACAAGCACAAUCUCAAUGGACGUCCCCUUAAAGUGAAAGAAGACCCUGAUGGUGUGAUUGCUCAGAGAGAAAUCAACAAGACUCAAGGUGGAGGACAUCCAGGAGGCCAUGGUGGAAUGGGGGGAAUGGGCAACAUGGGAGGCAUGGGAGUAAUGGGGGGAAUGGAUCGCAUUAACAUGGAGCGAAUGGGCCCAGGACCAGGAAAUGGCAACGUUAACAUUCCUCCUAGCCUGAUGAACAACCCCAACAUCCCCAACGAGGUCAUCCACGGUCUCCAGGCCGGCAGGAUUGGCAGCACUGUCUUUGUGGCUAAUCUGGACUACAAAGUGGGCUGGAAGAAGCUGAAGGAGGUUUUCAGCAUGGCAGGCAUCGUGGUGAGGGCCGACAUCCUGGAGGACAAGGAUGGGAAAAGCAGGGGCAUGGGCACAGUCACAUUCGAUAUGCCCAUUGAAGCAGUCCAAGCUGUCUCCAUGUUCAAUGGACAGCUUUUAUUCAACAGACUGAUGCACGUCAAACUGGAUGAGAAAUCCCUGCCCAAAGAUUUUGGACCACCUGAGAGAGCUUCUUCUGCUCUUCCCCGUGGCCUGAGUGGCAUUGGCCUGGGUCUGGGACCUAAUGGCCAGCCCAUUGAUGCGACCCAACUGAAUAGAGGAGGAGGAGGAGGAGGAGGAGGUGGCGGAGGAAUGGGCAACAUGGGCCCUGGAGGAAUGGAUGGAAUGGGCUUUGGCAACAUGGGCGGUCGUAUGGGAGGCGGCAGUGGUGGGGGAGACUUCCCAUCUGUUCCAGGAAUGGACAACUUUGGAGGAAUGAACAACAUGGAGCGUUUCGGUUCUUCCGGGAUGGGCCGGGCUAACGAGAUGGAGCGUGGGAUUGGUGGUGCUUUUGAGAGGGAGUUUGGGCGGAAUGAUAUGGGAAUGUCUCGCAAUAAUUUUGGAGAGUCGUUUGAAAGAGGAAUGGGAAACUCCCAGGGUAUGGACCGCAUGAGUUCUGGUAUGGACCGCAUGGGAGGCGGCAUGGAGCGCAUGGGAGGCGGCAUGGAGCGCAUGGGAGGAAUGGACAGGAUGGAGCGCGGGUCUGACCUGGAGAGGAUCGGCUCUGGGUUCGACCGCAUGGGCUCAGGGAUGGAUCGUCUGGGACCCAGUAUGGACCGGCUCGGACCCGGCCUGGACCGCAUGAGUUCCAGCAUGGACCGCCUGGGCCCGGCUGGAUUUGACCGCCUUGGCCCCUCCGGAUUGGAUCGCAUGGGUUCUGGCCUGGACUUCAGCUCCCCGAUGGGAAUGGAUCGCAUGAGCAACACCGGCAUCGACAGAAUGCCCACCAGCUUCGACCGCAUCGGCUCCACUGGAGGAAUCGACCGCUUCCCCUCCGGCGGGAUGGACCGCAUGAACUCCGGCGGCAUGGACCGCAUGGGGUCCGGCAGCGUCGGCGGGCAGUUUGACCGCUCUGCAGACGUGGAGCGUGGGUUCGCAGGGAACUCCUUCGGAGGAGCUGGAGGUCCUGGAGCUGGUGGUGGAGGCGGCGGCAACAACAACAACAACAACAUCAGGAAGGGAUGCCAGAUCUUUGUCAGAAAUCUGCCCUUCGACUUCAACUGGAAGAUGCUGAAGGAUACCUUCAACACAUGUGGCAUGGUUCAGUAUGCUGAUAUCAAGAUGGAGAACGGCAAGUCUAAGGGCUGCGGCGUGGUUCGCUUCGACACCCCAGAAACUGCCGAGCGCGUCUGCAGGACCAUGAACGGCUACCGGCUGAACGGCAGAGAAAUCGAUGUUAGAAUCGAUAGAAAUGCAUAAACGAUCUGUCUGUUGCGUCUUCCAUUCAUCUAGUUCCUCGUGUCCAAAUGCCCUUUAUGAUCUGAUUUUCCCAUCAGCAUUUUCAUAUCAUAUCCACUUAGAUAUUUGUAAGGGUGACAAAUGUUUUUUUUAGUUGUUAGUUGUGAAAGUGUUUUAGUUUUUGCUAAAAUGUACUUGAUUUUUUUUUUU